AUGGCUCUGCCCAUCGCGUGGGCCGCAGUCGGCGCCGGCACCAUCGCGAUGUCGCUGUUUAAAAGAGGCAGGAAGAAAGCUGGCGAGCCGUCCAAUACUGCAAAUCCCGCGCUCUCACCCGACACUGACGACAAGCCGUCACCGCAUUCGCCGUCGCUGUCAGCUGUUGCGGAAACAGACGGCGGCCGGCACGACGCGUCCAGUGUCGGCACGAGUGAAACGGCCGGGGGCGAGGGGUCGACGCUGCGGAGGAGGCGGGGGAAAGGGGAAGGCGGAAGUGAGGCAGGGGGGGCAGCAGCGGAAGCGGAUUCCCCGCGGGACAGUCGCGAAACUGCGGAACGCGGAGCAGUAAAUAGCGCGCCGAGCGCGGUGACUGACGAUACUGGAUCUGGGGAGGAUUCGCAGCCAGCGGCCGAGGCGACCGCGGGAGAAGAUGCAGGCGAUGAGGCGGGCGGUGCAAGCGAAUGCGAAACUGCAGCGGAGGGAGCGGAGGACGAGCAGAGCGGCGGUGAGGUGGCUGGGGAAAGGCGAGAACAAACAGUGGAAGGGGAAGUCCCAGCAGCAGGAGCAGCAGAAGAAGCAAGGGAGGCAACUACAGCGGCAGCGAGUGCCUACAGGGCAAGCGAUGAGCCACAAGCGCAGGGCAAGCCUGACGGACAAGGCAAGGUGACUGCGGCUGAAUCCCCACCUAAGGCGGCCCUGGAGCCCCCCGCUGCACCGCAGACGAAGCCGCGCCAGCAGCCCCUGGGGGUGUUCGUCUUCUGGCUCGUUUUCAUCACCCUCACGGGGCUUAUAGCGGGGAUAUUUCUCCUGGCGCAGUUUCUGUUCCUGGAGGACGCGGGGCGGCGCGACUUCAUCUCCAUCCCGCCGCUCGUGCGCGCCCACCUGGACCGCGGCCAGACCAUCAAAGUUGCCGCGCCCGGCGCCGUGGCUGGCGGAGCGGGUGGGCGCGGGCAGCAGGGGGAGGUGGAGGUGUUUGUGCGCACGGAGGGGUGGGGGACAGGUCGAGGGAGGAGAUGGGGCGCGGACGGCGGAGGUGGCGGGAGCGGUGGGGGGCAAGCGGGGGAUGGGCGGAGUAAGGAGGUGGUGGUGCUGCUGCAUGGGCUGGGCGGCAGCUCGUUCCUGUACCGUGACGUCAUCACUCUCCUCGCUGACAGGGGGCUCAGAGCACUCGCCCUUGACCUCCCAGGGUCAGGGCUAUCCACCAAAAUAACCUCAGAAGAAGAGGGUGCAGCAGCAGUUUACCCUGUGCACCAGCUCGCGCGGAUCCUAGACAGGGUGCUAGAGGCCCUUGGGAUUGCCGAGCCGGUGCACCUGGUGCUGCAUGACACGGGCGGCGUGGUCGGCACGUUGUGGGCGGCGGACAACGUGCAACGAGUGCGAAGCAUAACGCUCAUCGACACUCCCAUGGAGGACCCCUUUGCUCCCGCCUUCCCCCCCGCCUGGCUCCUCCGCUACCCCCACCUCACUGCCCUCGCUGCCCGCUCUGUCUUCCCCAUUGCUGCCCUCCUUGCCUCGUGCUGCGUCAGCGCUCGCGUGGCCGAUGACGUGGCACGGGCCCACGCGUACCUGCUGCAGGCGCAUGGGGGCAUCCACGCUGCCAUGCUGGCGCGCCAGCACGGCAAUCUGACGCAUGACAUGGCGCGGACGGUGCAGCGGCAUGCAGAGAGGGCGCUGGGUCGGGUGCCGAGGCAGCUGCUUUGGUCUGGGGAGGCAGAGGAGCAGGGCGAGGAGGUUCGGUCGCACUGGCCUCUGGCAGACUUCCACCUGCAUGAGGGCAAACGCUGGCCCCAGUCUGUCGAUCUCUGCCCUACCUUGACAGCAUUGACACUGACCACAUGCACAGCACAGCACAUCAUUCUCACCUCCCUUCGCUCUCCGUCCUUCCACCCCAACCAGGAGGACCAUCCAGGGGACAUAGCCGAGGCGAUUGCGAGGUUCGUAGCUGCCCAGCCUCCACUGCCUGCCUCAUCGGGUACUGGAAGGGGUGGUGGCAAGGAGCACAGAAGCAGGCCUGAUGCUGCUACUGCUGGUGGGAAGGCCAAGGGGGGAAGUGGACACCACCACCACCAUGAUAAUGUGCAUGGGCAUGAGCAUGAGAACACGCUGAUCGUUUCCCCCAAGUCCGCGCCCCCCGCGUUGACCGACAAGUGGCGCGCGGCAUUCUCGAGGGCAACGCAGCGGUUGGUGGAGGUAGACGCGCGCGGGCAGCGGCAGGUAGUGCAGGCGGAGACGCAGAAGCAGCUGGCGGAAGACCGCGCGCGCGGGCGCUGGCAGGUCAUGUGGGAGCGGACGCGCGAGUGGCUGGCGAAGGAGCGCGCGCGUGGGCAAGUUAAAGUGGCGCGGGCGCACGAGAAGGAAAAAGUGGUGGCAGAGAGAGCGGAGGGGCGGUGGGCGUUUGUGAAGGCGAAGGGGGAGCAGCGGAUCACCGCGGCGAGGGUGCGCGGGAUGUACGACGUGGCUCGCGCCAGGGCGAACGAGCGGCUUACUCAAGCGAGGGCGCAGGGACAGUGGCAGGUGGCAUGGGCCAACGCGCGGAAGAGACUUGCACAGGCGGAAGGCACGCUCAAGUCGCAAAACGGUGUUGCGCAGGCUGAGGUGAACGCGCGCCUGGCGCAGGAGAAGGCGCGGGAGCGGUUGCAGGUGGCGAGCGCGCGUGAACGGGCGCGGAUGGCGGAGGAGCAGGCCAAGGGGCGCGUGAUGCUGGCGAGCGCGCGGACGAACCGGCAGCUGGCGAAGGAGAGAUUGCGCGGGCGGGUGAAGGUGGCGUGGGCCAAGGCGAAGGAGCGCAUCGAGAAGGAGCGCGCCAAGGGGCGGUGGGCCGUGAUGUGGGCCAAAGCGAACGAGGCGCUGGCGCGGGAAAGGUCGCGGGGCAGGUGGGACGUGCUGGUGGCGUCCACGAAGCAACGGCUGGCGGAGGUACGGGAGAAGGGGCGGCUUGAUGUGGCGUGGAGUGGUUGGAAGUGGUUGGAGGAGCAGCAGUGGCCGAGAAGACAGAAGAGAAUCUCCAGCCCUAGGUCGAAGUUGGGCAAUGGCGCCAAGAUCAUUGACCUGUGA